GGUGUGUCAGAGAGAGAGAGAGAAAGCGCUUUGCUGUUCAGUGCCCAACUAAGAGGAGAGUUGGGAUUUUUGGGGUUUUUUUGCCAAAUUGCUUUAAUUGAUUUUCCAAAUUUCACCACAUCAACCACAAAUUAAGACAAAUUUAAUAGAAGUGAGCUUACUCACAAAUUAAAAAAUAUAUACAAUAAAUCAGUAAUUAUUAUUUGCAAAAUAAAUUACUUUUCAUCCUUCUGCAUGUAUGAAAGGUCAAUAUCCUUUAUUUGAGCAUCCCAAAUUCCCCUCCUAUCUCAGCUGCUGUAGAAAGAAGGAGUGGUGGUUCCAGCUGUUACUGGACAGUCAACCUGACAUGGUCAUUCUGCAGUGGUUGUUCAAGGAACAGCACAAUCAGGAUCUCCUAGCCCCCCACCCCCAAUUAUCCCCCCUACCUUAUUGAAUUUCUUGUUCCACUCAAUGGCUUCUGGGUUAAUGGUGAACUUUAUGCCAGCAGAUGCUCCUCUCCUUAUAUUUCCAAUUUUCACAAGGUCACGAGACUUAUUGGGAGACAUCACCCAGUUCAUAAUAUCGAAGUCUCCUGGUAGUUCCCAGUUCUCAUCCAAGCACAGUCUGCCCCUGCAAGUAUUCAGACACCAGAUUUCUCUCAAGAAAGGGUGAAGCUGGAAUGGCAGGGGAAAGCACCAGCAUUAAGAAACUGGGAAGCUACAACAGGCAAUUAAUCAAGCCAAAAUGGGGAAAACACCAGGGCCAGUCAGCCAUUGAGGAGGACAUUCUCAAUGUCAAGGAGGACGAAGGAAAAGGCGAGGAGGAGACCGCAAAACGGCUGGAUCUCCUAAGCCCUGACUGGGUUCCAAGUAUGUCACCAUUUUCGAGUGUUUCCUCCCUGUCCUCCCUGGAUUCCCUUUGGGACUCCCUCAAUGAGGCAGCCUCUGAAGUGGCUAUCGAGGAGGAAGAGCCACAGGAAGUACCAGAGAGCCCCCGAGAGGAGGACGGGGAGGCCCUUUAUUUGCCGUGCCCCCCACCUGGAGAACACCUGGAGGCAAGUGUAAUCAAGGACUGUGAGGAAGAGAGGCCUCCGAAGACCCCCACUUGCCUGGGUUCCAUCAUCUCCCGGAUUCGCAAGAUCUUCAGAAGAGCGCUGCCGCCAGCACCACCAGUGCCACCAGAGCAACCCAGUCUUAAUCCUUGUGGUCCAAACUGGAGAGGAGGAAUAAAAGAUCUGAGCGCGGAGGCAAGCGGGGUGAGAAACCCAACCCCAUGUGGCCCUACACUGGCAUCCCACACGGCCAGCCCCAGUCCUAGAGCCCGACACCUUUUGAGAUUGCGGAGCAGAACGGCGAAGACAGCAGGCAAAGGGUGGACGGCGAAGGAGAAGUGCGAGAGAACGACAGCGUCUACGGUGGCGGAGGAGAAGGAGAAGGCAGGACUGAGAGGGGAACGAUCCUGGAAGGUGGCUUGAAAAGAAAGGGCAAAGACUCUCCUCCCUGAAAGUGCCGUGGUGGGGGCGUGUUCAGCAGCCUUUUGCUGCAGUGCCAGCCU